AUGUGCAAGGUAAAAACUUUCUAGAGAAAUUUUAGAGCCAUGCCAAAAGACGUCAAAGGAAAAUUAAAAGCUCAAACUCGAGCUGCUGCAUCAAGCCCUAGUGUAAAUAAUUUUCCAGUUCAAAAUUCAUGUGACCCUCCAGGUCUUAUAGUAUUAAAACGUUGGAGCGAGGCCGAUUAUAAUGAGUUAAAUCCGAUCACUUGGCUAAAUACUAUACAUCAAAAGUUGAAGACACCGGCUCCUCCAGUAUAUGCUUACACCCAAGAACUUAUUGCUAAUGGAUUUUACUGUACCGUAGAAUUUCUUGACCAAAGUUUUAGGUCUCCAGAAUUAAAAUUAAAGAAACAAGAAGCAAAAGAAGAUGCUGCGAAAAUUGCUUUGUUAACCCUAGAACAACAAAUGCCAAUCAUUUUUAAACAAAUUAAGGAUGCUCUUGUUAAAUCUCACACAGUUCCAAAGAAGGAUGGGAGGUUCUGUAAAGGAGUAAGACAAAUUGGAAAGUUGAUGCAACCUUCAGAUAUGAUUCCUCGUUCUAUUGAAUGGUUAAAAAAAUUUAAAGAAACGCAUGUCAAUGAAAGACCUUGCGUUAUGUUGCUUGAAUUCUGUCAAUACCAUAAAAUUGGGCAACCUGUUUAUCACGUAAGACAGGAAUGGAUUGGAACAUACUUAAUGGAUUGCGAAGUAAAUUCGAGGAAAUUUAGUUCUGAACAUGUAUUCUGGGUUAAAAAAGAUGCAAAAGACCAUAUAUCUCAAAUAGCUUUUGAUAUAUUAUAUAAUGAAUUUGUUGAGAAAGAGCAAGCAGAUAUCAGCCGAAAGAUCAAGAACCAAAAGAUGCGACAAGGAUUGUAUAAAUGUGAUUUUAAGGAAGAUACUAAAAAAAUACUGGAAUCAACGCAACCAACUCCUCUUGUAAAUUAUUCUCCGAAUGGUUAUGUUUACCCUUACGACACCUAUACUAAUUAUUAUAUGCCAACUAUGAGUAAUAAUAUCCAAGCUGCUACGAAUCUUACAUAUGGUCAAUCAUUAGGAUAUCAGAAUCCAAACGGUAAUACUAAUAACAAUAUAAAUAAUAAUUUAAUUGGUUAUAACCAUCAACAGGCGGUUGAUUCAUAUGGAUGUAUUAGCACCUCAACUGCUCCUUUUUUCAACAAUGUUGAAGUUAAACCGGAAACUUACGUUUCUCCAACUUCGGUCGAGUGUCAAAUUGGAUCUCCGUCAACUAGUGUAUCUAGCGUACCAUAUAUUAACGCAGUGAAUUCUUCUUCAAUAACUCAAACAAGUGUCAAUAAUGGAUUUCAUCCGUAUGCUGUCCCUGCCUCACAUAAUAAAAAUGGAUCUACAAAAAAGAAUUUUGUUCGAAACCGUAAAAGUAAACGUUUAUGUGCUGCCGCGGCUUUGCAUAAACCAAAGAGAGCUCCUGAAAAGGUGGUCUCUGAUAAAAAUGGAAGAGUUUUACGAAAGAAACAUGUUACUUUGCUUCAUGAACUUUGCCAAAAAAGAAAUUUGGAAAAGCCUGAUUUUGACUUCCAUAAUAUAUAUGGAGGAUAUCGAUGUAGCGUUACAAUUAAUAAUCGUGUUUUUACUGGAAGUAAGUUAUGUUCUAAGAAAGUAGAUGCAAAGGAGGAAGUAGCUGAGCUUGCAUACAAAUUUUAUGAGAAUAAUGAGUAAAUGGGAAGGAUAUGAGCUUCUUGUUCUAAAUUUGCAAAAAAAGGGAGAAAGAUAUGGAUCUAUAUUUCAUAUUUAUGUAAUUAGAUUUUAUUAAUUAUCAUAAUCAUUUUUUGCAAAUAAUUAGUAUAAUUACCUGAACAAAAGCUUGUAUUCCCUCAUUUAUUAGUUUUAUUUUAUUCCCGAUCAAUUUUUUUUUUUCCUUUUUUUCCUUAAGGGUUGUAUGGAUGAAUAUACAUUAUAUCAGGUCA